AUGACACCCUCGCUCUUUGGCUAUUGCUUUUAUUACCACACAAACGUCCACUUCAAGUAUCAUCGGCCUUCGAGUUCGUAUGCCUACGAUGCCGACGUCAACAACUGCAGCAUCUCCAGCAACAACAACUGCCCUUCAGCUCUAGCAGCAGGCGUUGGAAUCAGCAACCAGCCGAUGAUCCCCACUCUCAUCCCAAUAACAGCGUUUGUCCUGGGAACAUGGCAAGUGCAAAGACUCGACUGGAAAACGAAACUAAUCGCCAAAUUCGAAGACCGCCUAGUCAAGCCUCCACUACCUUUACCACCGCGCAUUGAUCCCAGCGUAAUCCCCGAAUUCGACUACCGACGAAUCGUAGCAACCGGGAAAUUUCGGCACGAUCAAGAAAUGCUUAUUGGGCCGCGGAUGAACGAGGGCGAAGAAGGCUAUAUUGUCAUUACGCCGUUGGAAAGAAACACAGAUGAUGGUAAAAGUACUAGCACGGUGCUGAUCAACCGAGGCUGGAUAUCGAAGAAAUUGAAGGACCAGAAAGAUCGGCCAUUGGGUGUGCCUACUGGUGAAGUUGUGGUUGAAGGCUUGUUGAGGGAACCCAUUAAGAAGAACUAUUUUACCCCGGAGAACAGACCGGACAAAGGGGAGUUUUAUUUUCCGGAUGUUGAGCAAAUGGCCGAAUUGGCGGGAAGCCAGCCUGUUUUGAUUGAGGAGACCAUGGUUCCUGAUUUGAUUGAGUCCUAUGAGCGAACAUCAAAGGGUAUACCCAUCGGCCGACCGGCGCAAGUGAAUCUGAGGAACAAUCAUCUUCAGUACAUUUUUACAUGGUACGGUCUGUCCGUGUCAACAGCAAUCAUGCUGUGGAUGGUUGUUCGCAAACGUCCAAAUGAAGCACUUCGUCGAAUUCGCCAAAGCAAAAACAUGUAA